AUGGGGAAGGGCGGAAGCAAAGUGCUGAGAGAGACGUCCACGGACAGUGUUGAGCCCCAGCCUGCCCUUGCGAAAGCGGUGGGGUUCACCAAACCCAUCGAGAUGAAGGUGAAGUGGACGCAGGUGGGCUUGGUCUUCUUUCUGCUGCUGUCGCUGGUCAUGACCGGAUGCUUCCUCUGGCAGUACCGCCUGCCCAAACUACAGCCAGAUGAUAGUGUGGAAAAAGAUGCCAAAACAGAGCGGAUGUGCCCCCGUUUCCCUGAACCCACACCCCUGGAACACCCCAUCCAUCACCUGAGGGAGGCAUUAGAGAAGGUGGAUUCCCUUCUGCGAUUUAGCAUCCAUGCCACUAGCCUGCCUUCUCUGUCUGCCAUUGUCAUUUACAAUGACUCUGUCUUGUGGACUGGCAAUUUUGGCAAACGGAACAGGAGUGACCCCUUCUCUGGUCCCCCGAACGAGUACACAAUAUACAGGAUUGCCAGUCUGUCCAAGAUCUUCCCCACACUGAUGCUGUAUAAACUGUGGGAGGAGGGGAAGGUGGGCUCCCUGGACGACCCUCUGGAGAAGUACGUGGAGAACUUCACCAUCAAGAACCCGCUGGGCCGUACGCGGGACUCUGAGCUGAAGCACGUGACGGACGGCCUGAUCUUCCUGGAUAGCGGCGAGGUGCAGAUCCGCUCGUCCUCUGUCACCCUCCGCAGGAUGGCCAGCCAGCUGUCCGGUUUACCCAGACGGCUGAGGGCCACAAACCUGCUUUGGAAAGGAAAGACACAGGCGGCUCUCAACCUCUUGCAAGAUGAUGUCCUUGUUGCUGACCCUGGCACAAAGUGCCACUACAGUAACCUGGCGUUCUCCCUGCUGGCGCACAUCUUAGGCGAGAGGGUGGUGGGAACUGAUUACCAGCGCUGGAUCUCUGACAACAUCCUGGACCGCCUGGGAAUGGAGGACACUGGGUUCGACAUCACCCCAGGGAUCCAGAGCCAGAUGGCUGUGGGCGUCUAUGCCAGUGGGCAGCCCGCUCCACUUUAUGACCUGGGCUGGUACCGCCCCUCAGGGCAGAUGUACUCCACGACCGCCGAUUUGGCCAAGCUGGCCAUGAUGUUGCUAGGCGCCUACCGCCGCAAGCUCCUGGAGCCCGACACCCUCAAAGUCAUGCUGACACCCCUCUUCCGCUGCGACAAGAGCUACUUCGCCAACCGCACGGGCACGCCCUGGGAGAUCAACGAGCAGCUGGGGUACGAGGUGGUGCGCAAGGACGGCGACCUGGACGGCUACUCCGCCUCCUUCUCCCUGAUCCCCCGGAUGAAGCUGGGUCUGGUGGUGCUGAUGGCUGGCACAAAGCCGCAGAACCAAGACGUGGUGACCAAGGCCUACAGCUACCUCAUCCCCGCCAUGGAGCGCGCCUUCCGUGACGCCCGUCGUGUUCUUGUCCCGCCUCCAACCCCUGCACCCUAUGUGGGGUUCUACACCUAUGGCAACAUCACUUUCUAUGAGAUCCGGGCGGAGCCGGAUGGGGUGCUGACCAUGCAGCAGUUCGGGCCUCACAUCGAGAACCUGAUCCCAGAGAAGUAUAGGACCAUAAAGCUGAAUUACCUGCAGGAGCGGGUCUUCAGGGUGGUCUUCGAGAAAGAAUACCCCUGUGUCUUAACCGUCAAUACUGCCUCUGUGUCUCUGGAAGCACAGGACAAGCAGCUCUUUAACUUUUAUGUCUUUGACAAGAAGGGCCUGUCCCCAGGCUUUGAUGCUCCAGGACUCAACACAUACAACGUGGUGCGAAUUGCCCAGAGGCCUACCUUCAGCAGCUGA